AUGUCAACUCAUACCGUCGGAGUCCUCGCUCCCAAUGGACGUGUGGGAUCUGCUGUCGUAUCUGCCCUUCUCAAGUAUCACAAUGAAGGCAAGAUUGCUCUUGUCCUCCUUCAUCGACCUGGAUCACCUCCCAAAGCUCAAGUCCCAGACUCUGUCAACGUGAGGGAAAUUGAAUUGGAGAAAGAGGUAGACGAUAUCGCACCGGCCAUCAAAGGUCUCAAUGUCAUUGUUUCUGCCCUCGGCCCUAUGCAAGUCCCACUCCAAGUCCCACUCGUCAAUGCUCUUGCCAAAUCUCCCGACUUUGUCACCCUCAUCCCAGCGUAUUAUGGUCAUUCGUGGAUCCCUGAAGACUUGGCCGAUAACCCUAUCCAGGCUAAGAUAUUUGAAACUCGUAUAGCUCCCAAGACACGAGCGACGGAAUUAGGCAUCUCGACGACCAUGGUCAACACCGGAAUCUUUGAUCAAAUGUUCUUUGCCCUUGGAUUUGUAGGCACAAACGUCAACACUAACACUGUCCAAGCGAACGAAGCUCAGCUCAAACACAAGAUCCCCAUAACUACCAUUCCCUACCUCGCCGAAGGUAUCGCUCAGAUCGUAUUGCAAUCCCCGGAAUCACUCAAAGACAAAGCGUUCACGCUGGUCGAUCAUUGGCCAUUGGGAGAUGAAGUGAUCGACGCCCUCACUCAAGUGAAUGGCUCAAAACCUACCGUCAAAGACUAUACCGACGCCGAUGCGAGUGCACUCAAGAGCAACCCUCCGAUCGGUCCCGGUUCAGCUGCCUAUCGUCGAGCUUGGACGAAUGAUAAAUGGAACUAUGAGCCGGAAUUCAAUGUCAAAGGUUUUGAGAAGGUAUCUUUGGCGGAUGUCGCCAAGAGCUGGAAACAAUGA